AUGUUACCCGUGCCGGCAGUCGAUCCUCCCACUCCAUUAGCAACACUAUCACCAGAAUCCCAAGAUCCCCAGACACGAGCCUCGCUGGUGGUAUCACUCGUCAUAACGACAUGUAUUGUCAUGCCCGUCUUCAUCAUAUGUCGCCUGUACACAAGGGUUAUGAUCAAAGCAGUGUUCGGUCGGGACGACAUUCUAAUUUUGCUAGCUGCCGUCAUUGCGUUUGCAAUCAGCGUUGUUGCAGCCGUGAGCUGCGUGUAUGGGCUAGGACAUCACUUCCGGGAUGUUGAGCCCACGUCGAUGAAGACAUUCUAUAAAUGCCACCCAGUCAGAGGAUAUUGGGACCCUCCAGCGAGAGAGUGGUGCAUCAACAUGAAUGCAAACUUGAUAAUCUGCGUUGUAGGAGUCUCAAAAAUAGUGUACCUGAGCUUUAUCCUUGCAUCCUACGACGUCUUCUACGAUUCGGCUGCUACGACUGCGAUCACUAUUCUCGAGGUGAACUUGGGAAUUGUCUGUGCCUCACUUCCCGGAGCCAAACCAAUCGUGCGCUCAAUGAACUGCUGGAUCGCGCAUGCUGGACAUAUGGUAGUUGACUCGCUGACUGGUACCGGCAAACAGUUGACUUCGAGCAAGAAUAACACACCGCCGAAGAGGAGCCCAGUGCUUCGCGCAGGAACCCAAGAGCCUGAAAUUGGAGUCGCAAAAGGGGGAGCACAGAGGCAUGGGAGUGGAGAGAUCGAUAUUGGUGAGAGCAGACGGAUCCAGCGACUGACAAACGAGGACAAAAUAGUGACUGGUCUGGAGGUAGUUGGCUCCCUCACCCAUGAUAUGGAUGGAAGUGAAAACAUUCUCGUCACAGUGGAGCGCCCUAAGAUUGGAACAAGGCCGGGAGUGGUGCGGGCCAACUCUGGUUCUCAACACCCAGACACUUUUGGAUAAACCUAGCAACGAUGUCAGUCUGGAAUUGACUUGAAAAGAGCCUUGGAUACUGUUCUCUGGACCAAGUUGAUUGAAGUGAGUGCUCAGUGAGAGCGGCUGCGCCUGAUCCAAGGCUGAGUUACUCUUUCCCAGCAUACGACACUCCUUCCUAGCUACUAUCGCUCCUAGGUGCGUGACAGUCUGGUCUGGCAUUCUCUAGGACCGUCCUUCCCCCAGUGGGGAAGCAGUUUCUCACAGACGUUAGUCUCACA